AUGGACACGACAAGCUCUCAGUUUGAAUGGAUGCCAGAAUACGACGAAUUGCUGGAACAGAUUGCGAAUACAGAUCUCGUCGACGUGGAUUGGGCACGACUCCGCGACAUAAUCAAGUACAAGAUUGAAAAGAAUAUUGCCCUCUUCUUGUCCGGGACGUUGAAAAGCGAUGACACAACCACUUCCCCCCAUUGGCCUGGCAGUGCCAAGCUCCCACCAUUCCCGCCUCGUGCACGAAACGAAGCCAACCCCAACGAAGCUCCCAAGAAAAUACUGACCGAGAAGGAAGCUGCUGCUUUCAGGGAGAACAUUGAUUCUCAGCUCGAUGAGAACCCGCCGUUCACUAUUCAGCGUUUGUGCGAGCUGUGCCUCCGUCCGCAGAAACACUACAAAUAUGUUGGGCCCUACCUUCGUGCGGUAGAGAGGUCUCUUCUUGUCACUUCGACAUGGGACGCAUUCCCGAUAACGAAGGAGGGCAGAAGCGGCGCAGGAGGCGUCGGGUACGUUUCCAUACAUCACGGUGACCUUUCUAUACCGUCGACUCCGAUUUUCUCCCCCAUUCCCUUCCUACACGAGGAUGCUCGGCGCUCGCACUCGCGCAGUCCGCCACCCAGCCCACUCGUCCUACCUGCCAGUGGAAUGGUCGGCGAUGCGUCCAGCGGGGAGGGUCCGGAACAAAGGGCGUUGGGCCUCGUCGAUGAAAUGGAUGACCCGGGACCCUUGCACUUGAGCGAUCACCCACACCCACUGUCCUCCACGACGACUAUUAGCCCACAACCACUGCAUAGCAGUCUAGGGGAGCGUUUCGUCAGAGCGAAGACAGAAGAGCACGAGAGUGGUGGAAAGACGCAGAAGUCGGGCGGAGGAGAGACUAGUGCUGGAGGAUCGCGCCCAACUGGGAGUGCAAUACCCUGGCCUGCUUAA